GGAGCAAGUGUGGCCAGGAUUUCUGGUCCCCCCUCCUUCACCCUUUCAUUUUUCUCUUAGCCUGCUUUCCAGAAAGGGGGCUGCUGGGAGAGGCUGCCUGACAAUUUCCCGCGCUGUCAGCUCCACAGAAUUCCAUUUCUGAGAACCUGCCCGGCGCAUGCAGUGACAUUGCGUAACCCGCCUCCGGGAGCGGGCAGCAUUAGCCGUGGCACUCAGAGCGACCGUUUCACCCAACAUGAGAGGAGCGAGCGGCAUGGAAGGGGCGCCCAAGGCGCUCUUGGCCAGGGCACUUUAUAACAAUGACCCGGACUGCUCUGAUGAGCUGGCUUUCUGCAAAGGAGACAUCCUGACCAUUCUAGAACAACACGUGCCGGAAAGUGAGGGCUGGUGGAGGUGUUUGCUCCACGGGAAGCAAGGCCUGGCCCCUGCCAACCGCCUCCAAAUCCUCUCGGAGGCCCCCACAGACAGUCCCUGUCCCCCUUUCCUGAGACCCCUGGAGGAAGCUCUCGCCAGCUCCAAGGAGGCCUACCAGGUGCCCACCGUGCUGCGCCCCCCACCUCUAGGCCCUGUGUAUGAGCCGAUGAAGAGCUGGGUGGCGGGGCCCCCGCCACGCACAGUCCAAGUCUACGAAUUCCCUGACCCACCUGCCAGUGCCAGAAUCGUCUGUGAAAAGAUGCCAAGCUUUUCGAAACAGGCCAUCGUCCCGAUUCCCAGACCGGCCCAGGCCUCGUUGCUCACUCUAUACGAUGUGCCCGCCCAGAGCCGCGGCCCCUCUGCCUUGAAGGAGCCGGGGAAGCAGCAGUUAUAUGACAUCCCCGCCAGCCCCCGAAAGGCAGAACGCGGUGCCCCGGCCGGCCAGCCCAGCCGACAGAGUGCUCCGGUGACAGCAACAGUGGCCCUGGGGAGAGCCUGCUUCAAAACAUUGCCAAACCCCCAGAAAUCAGAGUGGAUUUAUGACACUCCAGUGACUCCAGCAAAAGCGAAUGUGAGAAAUGCCUGUGUUACCGGCUUUGUGGAAGAAUCGGGGUCCCACGCCCUCCCCAGAUCCAUGUCCAGUUUCCACAGUCCUCCGAACAGCAGAGCGCGGUCCCUCGCCCCACACCUGCGUGGAAAUGCGCCCGUACAGAACCCCAGCCUUCCAGAAGUCCCCACCUGCCCUUCCGAUGGGGGUGUCAGCUACAAGGUCCCUUUGAGCUUUCUGAUUCCCCGAGUGGAGCAGCAGAACACCAAGCCCAACAUCUAUGACAUCCCUAUCCCUGUGCCCAGCGCCCCUCGGGCUGGAAAAGAGCCGGGGGACGCCGACGGGGCUUCAGGGGAGACCACGGACCCUCACUGCGCAUGCCUCUCCAGACAGGCCACCUGGCCCUCCCCUGAGCCGGACAGACUGUCCGUGAACAGCUCUGACAACAGGGCCAGCAUCACGUCUUCCUGCUCCUCCAUGUCCACCGACUCCUCGUGCAGCUCCUCCUCGGAGGAGUCGGCGAAGGAGUUCUCCUUGGACCUGGCCUUGGCCAAGGGCACGGCGACGGCUCUCCAGCAGAAUUUUUUGAACUGGAGGCUCAGAGACUCCCUGGAGGCCAACAUCGAUGCCAUCCGCAGGGCCGCCGACCUCAUCACAGAGUCCCUGAGAGAAUUUCUGGAUUUCGCCCGCGGAGUCUGUGGGGCCGCCGGGAACCUCCCCAGCAGUAGCCUUCAGGCCAGAAUUAGGGACCAGCUGCAGACGAUCUCCAACUCCUACCACAUCCUGCUGGAAACCAAGGAGAGCCUGGAGGGCUGCCACUGGUCCCUGGACGUCCUUGUGACAGACAAAGCCCAGAGCAGCCUGGAUGACCUGGAGAGGUUUGUCAUGGUGGCAAGGAUGGUUCCGGAAGACAUCAAGAGGUUCACCUCCAUCGUCAUUGCCAACGGGAGGCUCCUCUUCAAGCAGAAUGGUGAGAAGGAAGAGACCCCGCCAUGGGCCCCCAAGACAGAAUUCAAGCUGGCGAAAAGCAUCCAGCUUCCCCAGAGGGAAAUGGAGUCCUACCAGCGGAGUGCGCCUCGUGCUCAGCAGAGGGAGAGCGGGCCCUGCCCCGAGCCGCUCGGGAAAAGCUGGGCCAGUGUCUGUGAGAAGAAGUUGCCUAACCUGGAAGAGAAAGUAAAACCCAUCCUGGAACAAAGAUUGGAUGAAAACAAAGACUUAGAAACACAGGACCUCAGCUCCCCUGUGCAGCAGGACCCCGGGAAGAAGGCCCACCUCUCAGAACACUGCCGGCUCUAUUUCGGGGCACUCUUCAAGGCCAUGGGUGUCCUCCACAGCAGCCUCCACCACAGCCAGCCCCCCGAGAUCCUUGUGGCGCAGAGCAAGCUGGUCAUCACGAUCGGGCAGAAGCUGGUGGACACGCUGUGCAGGGAGACGCAGGACAGGGACGCGCGCAACGAGAUCCUCCGUGGCAGCAGCCACCUGUGCAGCCUGCUCAAGGACCUGGCGCUGGCCACCAAGCACGCUGUGCUACAGCGCCCCAGCCCCACUGCGCUGGCGCACCUCCGGGCCGAGGCCGACAAGCUGGAGCAACAUGCCAGGCAAUUCAGGGGGUCUUUGGACUGAGCCUCCCUCCCUCCCUUCUGCGCGACUCUUGUCUUAAGGGGAAAGCCAGCCCGAGCGGGGGAGGGGUACACCGAUGGGCAGAAGAGCCACGUGCCCGAAGCCUAGGCAACCCCAGAACAUUGACUUGUCCCACAGACAGUCAGGGGAGAGAGACGGGUGUGGAGUAAGGGCCUUGCUAAGUGUUCAUGACGUAAGGUCGGUGUAUGAAAUGACAUUGUAGAAACUGAUUUUUGUACCGGUUAAAUGUGUGCCUGUUUUAAAUUCAUUCAGUAUUUAUUUAUUGGAUACCUACUAGAUGUGCAAUUGCAGGUGCUGCUCAUGUAGCAGUAAAUUAAUUGGAAACCUCGCCUUCAGGGAGCUUACAGUCUGUGGAGAGACAGAGAGGGGAGACAGAGAAUACAGUGACAGAGAAAUACAUAUCCUGUAUGUCAGGUGCUGGGGAGAAAAGAAAGGGUGGCGGGGAGAGACUUAUUUCCAAAUGAGUAAUGGUCGCAUCCAUUAGAUAAGGUCAUUGGUAUUUCAUUUUUGAUGGAAUUGAUUCUGUGAGAUUGGUACACAUUAUGUAUCUGUGUCUUACACCAAAUAUAUAUUUAUAUUUGCUAUUUUGUCUUCACCGAGUUAAAGACGCAUAUUAUAUUUGCAACAUAGCCUGUUCUGUUGGGU